AUGCGUGCGGUUUCAUCAUCGUGCGCGUCCACGAGCGUCGAUCGCGCGCCGCUCGCGCGCAGUCGCGGCGACGCGGCGCUUCAGCGGUCGCGACGUCAUCGCGCGAGCGCCCGCGCAAACGUCCGCGCGGGCGCGCGCGCGGACCCGUUCGCGGACCCCGUGCCGCGGCGAACGGACGUUCCAGACGUCACGUGGCGAACGACGGUGGAGAUCGGCGCCGGCAAGCGAAGCGACGCGUUCGAGGGCGACGCGCUGGAGAUUCGGGCCUUUGGAGGCGAAGACGUCGGCGAGGUCGCCAAACUGUUGCUCGAGAGCGGCAUGCAGGGGUUUCCCACCGAGAGACGGACGCUUGAGGUAUAUUUGACGAACGCCAUCGGUGCGUUUCCGUACGGGACGUACUUGGUCGGGACGUUGAGGGGCGAAAUCGUCGCGACGGUCGGGGUGUCGUUUACGCAGGAGACGCGUAGAAAGUUUUCGUCGCUCGCACCGCCGAGUGAUGGGGGGUACUUGUCGGAUUUGACCGUUGCCGUCGAUAAGCGAGGAGCUGGGCUCGGCGCCGCCAUGCUCAAAGGGGCGGAGAGUUUCGCGCGCGCGAUGAAGAGCGAGGAGAUGUGGUUGCACGUCGCGUUGAAGAAGCCGGGCGUCAUCGCGUUGUAUAAGGAUCACGGAUACACGCUCGGUGGGGUCGAUCCGGGAUUAUUCGGCUGGCGUGGUCGGCUGUUGCUGAAGCGUAAAAUGUCGAUUGAUUGA